AUGAUGUUUGUAUCAAUGGCAAAUGAUAGAAAAUUUGAAAGUCUAAAUAAAAAGCAAAAGACCUUUGGCCAGCGACUUAUCUACCCGGUUGAGAACCGGUUUGCGCCUAAAAAGUACAAUGAUCCCUCUGUGGGCACUCGAGUGAACGUGAAGCAAUUAAAACUCCGAUAUUCUAAAAUAAGUGGAUUUUUUGAAGCAAUAUGA